GAGGUCGGGUCCCGGCCAGGGCUGCGAGCGGGGCCGGCGGCGGCUGACUCUCACACCCACCCCCGGCGUCGCCCCUGCCUUGCCUCAGCCUUGCCUCAGCCCCGGCCCCGGGGUCGGGCCGCCCCCCCCCCCCUGCAUGGAAGUUCAAGGGCUUCGUCCACUGGCUGCGGCAGCGGCUGAGCCGGCCCUGAGGAGGCCUGACAGGUAAUUUCAAUGUCUUCUCUGUGGACAUGAACUCUACUGGAAUGCUUGGAUUCACAGCAACAUCUCCACUAGCUUGCUUUCAUCGGCGUAGUUGUGAGAAGAUGGCAAAAACAAACAUUACUAGAGACCUAAUCCAAAGGCAACUUAAGGAGAAGGGUGCCCUCGGUUUUGAACGACACUAUCAUGUUACUGACCCAUUCAUCCAGCGCCUGGGCUUGGAGGCAGAGCUGCAGGGUCACACUGGUUGUGUCAACUGUCUGGAAUGGAAUGAAAAGGGAAACUUGCUGGCUUCUGGCUCUGAUGACCAGCACACAAUUGUGUGGGAUCCCCUGCAUCAUAAGAAGUUGCUUUCCAUGCAUACAGGGCACACAGCAAACAUAUUCUCUGUCAAAUUCUUGCCACAUGCAGAGGAUCGGAUACUCAUUACUGGGGCUGCUGAUUCCAAGGUGCAUGUCCAUGAUUUGACUGUGAAAGAAACCAUCCAUAUGUUUGGAGAUCACAAGAACAGAGUCAAGCGUAUUGCCACGGCUCCCAUGUGGCCCAACACUUUUUGGAGUGCAGCUGAAGAUGGGCUGAUCAGACAGUAUGAUCUACGAGAGAACAGCAAACACUCUGAGGUCCUGAUAGAUCUGACAGAAUACUGUGGGCAGCUUGUGGAGGCAAAGUGUCUCACUGUCAACCCCCAGGACAAUAACUGCCUAGCGGUGGGAGCCAGUGGACCAUUUGUACGGAUCUAUGAUAUACGCAUGAUCCACAACCACAGAAAAACCAUGAAACAGAAUCCCACAGCUGGAGUCCAUACGUUCUGUGAUCGGCAGAAACCCCUCCCAGAUGGUGCAGCUCAGUACUAUGUAGCAGGGCAUCUUCCAGUGAAAUUACCUGACUACAAUAACCGGCUGAGAGUUCUGGUAGCGACAUAUGUCACCUUCAGUCCUGAUGGUACAGAGCUCUUGGUGAACAUGGGAGGAGAGCAGGUUUACUUAUUUGACCUGACUUACAAGCAGCGGCCAUAUACUUUUCUUCUGCCAAAGAAAUGUCACACUUCAGGAGAAGUGCAGAAUGGGAAAACAUCGACCAAUGGAGUAUCAAAUGGCAUCCAUCUCCACAGCAAUGGGUUUAGGCUUUCUGAGGGGCGAGCACACACAAGUCCACAGGUGGAACUACCUCCCUACUUGGAGAAAAUUAAAUUGCAGGCCAAUGAGGCUUUUGCCUGUCAACAGUGGACUCAAGCCAUCCAGCUUUAUAGCAAAGCUGUGCAGAGAGCCCCCAGCAAUGCCAUGCUGUAUGGAAAUAGAGCGGCUGCCUACAUGAAGCGCAAAUGGGACGGGGAUCACUAUGAUGCUUUGAGAGACUGCUUAAGGGCCAUUUCCUUGAAUCCAUGCCACCUUAAGGCUCACUUCCGCUUGGCCCGCUGUCUCUUUGAGCUGAAGUAUGUGGCAGAAGCACUGGAGUGUCUGGAUGACUUCAAAGGAAAGUUCCCGGAACAAGCCCACAGCAGUGCUUGUGAUGCUCUGGACCGAGACAUCAAUGCAGCCCUCUUUUCAAAAAGCGAUAAUGCAGAAGACAAGAAAGGUAGCGGCCCCAUCUGGCUUCGAGCAACUGGGCGCAAAGAUUCCAUCUCAGAGGAUGAGAUGGUACUGAGGGAGCGCAGCUAUGACUACAAAUUCAGAUACUGUGGCCAUUGCAACACCACCACAGACAUCAAGGAAGCUAACUUUUUUGGCAGCAAUGCACAAUACAUUAUCAGUGGUUCUGAUGAUGGUUCCUUCUUCAUCUGGGAGAAAGAAACAACCAACCUGGUGCGGGUGCUGCAGGGUGAUGAGUCCAUUGUCAACUGUCUCCAGCCUCAUCCAAGUUACUGCUUCCUGGCCACCAGUGGCAUUGACCCUGUUGUACGGCUGUGGAAUCCUAGGCCAGAGAGUGAAGCACUGAAUGGCCGGGUGGUAGAAGACAUGGAAGGCGCUUCCCAAGCCAACCAAAGGCGAAUGAAUGCUGACCCACUGGAGGUCAUGCUCUUGAACAUGGGCUACCGGAUCACUGGAUUGACCGGUGGUGGAGCUGGAGGCUCAGACGAUGAAGAUGGCUCUGAGGGGCAGGUCCACUGCCGGACCAGCUAAAGCUGAAUUGCCUCUCCUUCCCUUACUUUUGUUUUCUUUUUGUUUGAAGGGAAAUCUAGUUUGCUCUGUUUGAACUCUGACGAACGACUGCACUGUUUCACACUAUGCACAGAGUAGGACAUGCCAGCAGGGACAGGAGUGGCUUUGUUUAACUGCUGCUACAGUUUUCUUCCCCUUUGCCCUGUUCCACUGUUGAGCAGCAUGGUAAUGCAGCCUGUUGAGUUUUGCCUCCUAGCAGACUAUACAUCUGUGCAAGGAUUUCUUUUCUACAUUGUUGACAAGCAGUGUAAAAUCGAAACAAAACUGGUAACUAUCUUCUUUUCUCCUGCUGCCUAGCCUGGAUGGUGGGAGGCCUUGCCUACGCAAAGUAGUGUUGCAGAGAGGAUGUUUGAAACUCAAUAAAAAUGUAAACUAGGGCAGGGAUGGUGGAAUUAAGUUUCAUGCAGUGAUCUCUGUCUCUGAAUUUUGGUUUGCCUGCUGUGCUGCUAGCUAUGGGUUUGUAAUCUGGCCCUUUUGGUCCCUCAGUCAGCCUGUAGGACAGCUGAUAAGUAUUUUCCAAUCCUUGCAUCUAAAACCUGACGAUGACAAAGUAGCCAAGUAAACAUGAGCACCUUAGUUAAGUAUGGAGGUGGCAGAAUACAUAGCACCAGGCAGAGAGUUCAUUUUCUGGCUGUGGUAUAUGUUAUUUCUUUCAUGUACAGAGACUAAGAGAAAUGGCUGUAAAAAGGAGACACCAACCCAGGGCUUGGUUAACUAUGUGACUCAAGCUAGUAAAAAGAUCUGAUUUUGCUGCUGUUUUGGAAA